AUGGCCACCCCCUCCAGUUUCAAGGUCACGCCGUUCGCCAGGCUCACGGAGAACACCGAGUUCGACUUCCGUGGCUUGUACUUGCGCAACAUCGUCUUCGGAAAGAACCCCAACCGAGCACUCUUGGUAGACCUGAAUGCUUCCAUUGGGUGGGGCUCGACGAGCGUGGUCAACUGGACGAUAUACGAUGGCACUUGCCCGGACGCGCAGCUAGUUGGCCGUGCCCGAGGCCUGCAGGUCGAUGACGAUGGAUGGCAUAAUUCCCUCACCCUUGCGUUCGAGAGUGGAAGAGUAAUUCAUGGUUUUGGGAUUGAACCAAAUGAUCAAAACAACUUCAAAAUGAUAAGAAAAGGAAAGACGAGCUUGCCCAUGCUCACAAGAGCUGGCCCAUGGGGUGGAGCUGGUGACUACACUACUUACAAAGACGAGUUAGAAGAAUCAUGGCGCAUACAAAGUAUGACGAUCGUCCAGGACCAGGGGAUAAUUGCUAUGUUUGAAUGCACUUAUGUUGACCUGUCUGGCAAGAGGCGCACCACGGGUGCUUGGGGUGCUAGUCAUGGUCAUCGCGUCCUUAAUAAGAUCGAGCUGGGGCCUCAAGAGGUUUUGCAAGCACUAUCAGGAACUUAUGUCGACCAUAAUGAGGAGACUGUUAUAGAGUCACUUAAGUUUGUCACCAACGAAGACGAGUACGGGCCUUAUGGACGCACAACUGGUAUUCCUUUCAACUAUGACGUGCCUGAAGACCGAAGCAUCGUUGGCUUCUUCGGGCGUCAUGGAGGUAAACUCAUCGCGAUUGGAGUUUACAUGGUCUAG